UAUCACCGUGUCGUCCUCACCAUUCGCCGAUUCUCCUCACAUCUUCGGUGAAAAUACAAGACGAAAAUGGAGAAUAACAAAGCCCUCAUUCAAGGUUCAAGUUCAAUGAGGCAGAAUGAUGAUGAGUUGGAGAAUGAAGAUAGUUAUUAUAUUUCAAGUGACGAGGAAGACGACGAUGAUGAUUGUUACAUUGAUGACAGUGAACAAGAUGAAUGUGUGGAUUUGAGUGUUGUUUUUCCACCUGAAACAUUUUGCUUGGUUGAUACUAAUGUAGAUGCUAUGACAACAAAUACUCCCACAAAUGCAGCUGAUUUUCGAUAUGAAUUUCAUGAAGAUUCUGAUGUUUCAGCUUAUGAUUUUCGAUAUGUUUCAGCUUAUCUAUUAAUUUUGCUGUUUGUCGAUCAUAUAAUGGAGGAUUUAGCUAUUAGCAGGUUUUGGUAUUUUUUGUUGUUGAUGAACUAGGUUUUGGUAUUUACUGUAAUAUUGCAGAGUA